AUGUCAUCAACAACUUUUCCAAUUGGAAGGCAAGAAAAGAUUCAGAAAUUUUUGUCUCUGAACCUGGAAACUGCAAUUCGUGCGGAGGAAGACGGGACGGUGUUAACGGUUGCCGCAUUUCAUGUCUCCUUUCCCUUCUCCCUAGUGCGCUACCUGCUGAAGAAUGGCGUGAAUCCUGACCUGUGCAAUGAAGAUGGGCUGACGGCGCUGCAUCAGUGCUGUAUAGAUAACUAUGAAGGCAUCGUCAAGACACUUCUCAAUUACGGCGCUAACGUGAAUCCCAAGGAUAACGAACUAUGGACCCCACUGCAUGCGGCAGCCACCUGUGGACACAGCAACCUUGUCAAGCUCCUUAUCCAGCAUGGAGCUGACCUGCUAGCUGUAAACUCUGAUGGCAACAUGCCCUAUGACCUCUGUGAAGAUGACCCCACUCUGGACAUGAUUGAAACUGCUAUGGUCAAUCAAGGCAUAACCCAGGAAAUUAUUAAUGAGACACGGGAGGCACAGGAAAGACUCAUGGUGGCUGAUAUUCAAGAAAUCGUACAGCAACACCGGGAUAUCAACCAAACUGAUGAACAGGGUGUCACUUUGUUGCACAUUGCUGCCGCUAAUGGCUAUCUACGUGUAGUAGAGAUCCUCCUGGAACAAGGUGCCAAACUUGAUGUACAGGACUCUGAAGGAUGGCAGCCACUUCACGCAGCCACUUUUUGGGGCCAGGUGCAUGUGGCAGAGCUACUGGUUUCCCAUGGAGCCAAUCUGAUGGCCAAAUCCUUUCUUGACGAGACACCUAUUGAUUUAUGUGAAGAUGAAGAAUUCAGGGCUAUAUUACUGGACCUAAAGCAUAAACAUGACAUCAUCAUGAAGUCUCACCUGAAACAGAAGACCUCCUUGUGCCGGAGAACAUCGAGCACUGGUAGCCGAGGGAAAGUAGUCCGCAGGGCAAGCCUCUCGGACCGGAACAAUCUCUACCGCAAAGAGUAUGAAACAGAGGCCAUUGUGUGGCUAGGAAAACCGGAAACAAAAGAAGCAGACGAGCCAGAGAGGGUUUCUGACCAAGAAAACACAGAUCCUAAUACCUUGCCAGAUGUAUGGAAUGCAAAGCCAAAAGAGACCAAACAUGACACCCUGACCCAGACUGAACCUGCCAUGAAAGCUGACUCCAACUGUCAGGUUCCAUGCAACGGCACCCUUCCCAAGAGCAAUUUGUUGCAGGAAUUCAAGAGUGCCUCGUGUUCGCAGCCAGUGGCUGCCCCCUGGACAGCAUGCAGAGAUGGAAGUUACCAGACACUGGCAGAAUUAAAAAGACAGAGAGUGGCUGCAAAACUGAGUGGCCACCCCCUGCUCAACGGCCACCUGAGCAAUGGGGAUGAAAAUGGUCCUGGAGUAGCUCCAAAGUCCCAGAUUUCCACAGUCAGCUCCAAUGGAAGUGCCCUGAGUUACACAGUGAGUAGCGGGGAGCCACCUCUGCUGAAGCUGAAGCAACCGCUUGAGGUGGCGGAAGAGAAAGAAGGAGGCUGCUGCAGCAUUUCUUAGCAGCUCUAGAGAUAAUCGUCAGAGGUGCUUCCCUGUGUAGACUUGGGUUGCACAGUACGGUCACUUUAAUUUGUUGCACUAUCCUGAGAUGUCAAGGCUGUGCUGACCUCUGCACAUGACAGACAGGGAUGUUGUACUUGCUGUUCAGGUAUGGGAGGGCAUCUAUCAACCACAUUGUGGCUUAAAGCACAUUUUCAGUUGAGUGUGGUGGUAAUGUUUUGCUUUCUGCUGAACACCAGCCGGUGAACAGUGAGCUGCACAAAAGGAGCCGGUGUAAAUUAUCCCAAGGUCUGGAAUUUAGAUGGGAAAAAAGAGCACAGAGAGACAGGAAGGAAGAGGUCUCUUGGGUCUUUUAUCAGACGCUUGCAUAUUGCUGCAGCAGUGAUAGGCACCUAUACAUUCAAAGAUGCUUACAAAAGCAGAUGCAUGAUAGGCAAAGUUUUGAUAGUGUUUCUAUAAGGUGCACUUUCUAGAAUGUGUCCUCUCCUUGUUCAGACCGUCUCACAUUGUCAGGACUGUUUACAAGACACCGUCCAUUACAGGGUGGACACACAGAACACCGUUAUUACUUAAAUCAUGCUGUCAUUAGCAUAUGCCAGGCAGCUAUACACCAGCAUUUGUACAAGCACUCUACACUUCCUAGAAGGCCCAGAUGAGCUGCCAGAUAUAAUUCUGAGAGUAUGUGGUCAGUAAAAGGAUAGCUAAAAAGAACAUCUCUUACUCAGAGAAACACUGGAUCAGCACGAGAGACAGCAGGACAGAGCCCAGAAGGACAGAUCACUUAAGCAGCGGUAGGUGAACUUGAGAGGGAGCGGACAAGUGUUGAAGGGGACAGGUCGGCGCAUAAAAGAGCAGAUGAAGGCUGAGGAAGGUGUCAGCCAUUGGACUCUCUGCAGGCUGGCUGUGUCGCACACUGCUCUUCACUCUCAGUCACUACUGACCUAUUGGUCCUACUAUGGAAAGUGUGAAUGGGUCUGGUUUUCAGAUCAGUAAAGAAAGAAAAAAUGCUGCUUUAUAAAUAAAUCGAAAUUUUGCUGACAUAUAAUUUUGUGGGAAUUUUUAUUAUUAUUUUUUUAAUCAGGCUUCACACACAUAUUCUCACUGUCUCAUUCUCACUUGUUAAUGUAUUUUUUGCACACACUGUAUACUGUAUGUGCAUAUAUUUACAACACAACCUCUACCUAGACUGUGUUUUCCGGCCAUUUUAAUAAGAUCAUGGAAAUACUUAUUUAUUUAAUCGUCUUGCUGUUUUAUAUCAAGUGUGUUUUGUGUAGUUUUUGUGUGUGGACUGCUGUAACGGUGCAACUUCUCUUUGGAAUCAAUAAAGCAUCCAUCAAUCUAUCAAUAUAUGUGUUGCAAAGAAAAAA